UUUGACAAUGUCACUAUAUUAAAAUGGGAUCUGAAAAUAAAGGUAGAAAAAGAGACCAUAGUGAAAGUCCAAAAUUAAAAAAGAAACAAAAGCGAAGAUAUAGAAAUGAUCGAUCCAAAAAGUGGAAACAAGACUCAGCGGAUUCUUCAAGCGAAGAAGAAAUGUUAAGCUCUGAUGAAUAUUCCUCUAGUGGUGAAAAAAGAAAAUCACGUGACACAAAAAGGCAUAAGAGAAGAAAAGAAACUAAGCAUAGGCAAGCAGACAAUUCAUCUGCUAGCAGUUCUUCUCGCAGUCCUGUCGUUGAAAAGCGCAAAAAGAACAAGAAAAAAAACAAACGGAGUUCUUCAUCUUCAGAUAGUGAACACGAGCGCAAAAUAAAAAAGGACAGAAAAAAACACAGGCGAAGCGAGUCUAGUAGUCCGGAAAAAAAAUCUCGCCGUUCAAAAAGUAGAAGUCCGUCACGGCGACGCAAACGCAGUCAGAGUAGAAGCCCUAGCCGUCGACGAAAACGGAGUAAAGAACGCAAGCGAAGCCGGAGUCCUGUCAAAAAGAAAAAUGCCCGAGAAAGAAGCGAGAGUCCAGUGAAAAGCAGAAGAAAGCGUAAAAGUCAUAGUUCUUCUCCCAUUCGUAGUAAGAAAACAGAGAAAAGCGAAGCUGUGAAAGAUAAAGCUGAUAUAGGAAGGAGCGAGACUCCAGUGAAAGAGAGAAGGCGUCGUAAAAGUAGGAGCACGUCCCCUGCCCAAAAUGAGAAGAAUGAGAAAAGUGAAACGCCUGACGAUGAAAAGGGUACUAAAAAUAUUGUCGAGACCGAAAAACUAAAUGAAGACGCUUUUAGGCAGGAAACUAUUAAAAAAAUAAAAGAAAGAGAAAAAGAAGAAAUGGAGAAAGAGAAGCAAAAACUGCUUGCGGAGGAGAAAAAGCAAAAGGAAAUCGAAGAAAAAAAGAAACUAAAAGAGUUGGAGGAGAAAUUAAAAAAGAAGCAGAUGGAAGAGAAGGAGAAACGAAGGGCAAAAGAACUACAAAAAGAAAAAGAGAGAGCUAAGGAGAAAGAACUAGCAAAAGAAAAAUCGCGAGAGGAAGAGAGAGAGAGGAUAAAGGAAAAGGAAAGAGAUAAAUUGAAACGAGACGAGGAUAGAAGACGAAAAGAGUCAAAACGGAAAGAGGAAAAAAACGAAACCAAGAAGAACUUAAAAAGGGAGGAGGCGAAGAGUGAGAAGCCUGCGCUUGUAAAAAAAGAAGUAUUGAAUCCUGAGGAGGAGAUGAGGAAACGAAAGGAACGCAUUGAAGCGUGGAGAAAUGCCCGAAAGAAAGACUCCGCGAAAUCCGAAUCGGAAAAAACGGACGAAGAAAAGGAUGAAGCUCAAAAGAAAUGGAGUUUAGAAGACGAUGAUGAAGAUGACGACGAUGCUGCUGAUGCUGCUGCGUCAACCACCGCAAGCGAAAAUAAAACAGAAGAGAGCGUUACUGUUAAUGGUAAACCAAUGAAGAAAGCUGAACCUGCGGAGGAGAAAAAUAUGAGCGAGUCUGAAGACGAAGAUUUAGAUCCACUUGAUGCGUUUAUGAAAGGUAUCGAUAAAGAAAUCAAUAAGAACGCUUCAGGAAAAAGCAGCAAACCUUCAUCAGUCGGCCGCAGUAAAACCAAGACUAUUACUGUAGUAAAAACGGUCGUAAAGAAGUCUGUUCAAGCUGUAGCGAAACCUGAAGUUAUUGAACAAAACCAGGACGCACUGGAAUAUUCCUCUGAAGAGGACGCUCCAGAAGACGUGAAAGCGAGCGAUUUUUUAGACGUAACAAAGAAAAAAAAGGAACUUACGAUUGCCGACCACAGCAAGAUAUACUACGCGUCAUUUCGACGGAACUUCUAUGUAGAGGUGCCGGACAUUGCUCGUAUGUCGGAUGAUGAAGUUAAACUAUAUAGAGACUCAUUAGGAGACAUUCAGGUCCGCGGCAAACACGUACCUAAGCCUAUCAAAACGUGGGCACAGUGUGGUCUAAGCACGAAGGUGAUGAACGUUCUAAAGCGGUGCGGAUACGAGAAACCGACGCCCAUUCAAGCUCAAGCUGUGCCAGCGAUUAUGUCAGGUCGUGAUAUGAUUGGCAUCGCUAAAACAGGUUCUGGCAAAACACUGGCGUUUCUUUUGCCGAUGCUCCGACAUGUGAUCGACCAGCCGGAGCUAGAUGAAGACGACGGACCUAUAGCCAUCAUUAUGACGCCGACAAGAGAAUUAGCGUUGCAAAUUUACCGCGAAAGUAAAAAAUUUUGCAAACCGAUGAAUUUGACUGUGGCGUGUAUAUAUGGUGGAAGUGGGAUUAGUGAACAGAUAUCAGAAUUGAAAAGAGGGGCGGAAGUGAUCGUUUGCACGCCGGGUCGUAUGAUCGAUAUGUUGGCAGCUAACAACGGGAAAGUGACGAACUGUCGACGAUGUACGUAUUUAGUACUGGAUGAAGCUGAUCGUAUGUUCGAUAUGGGUUUCGAACCUCAGGUAAUGCGAAUUAUUGGUAACAUUCGCCCUGACAGACAGACGGUGUUAUUCUCCGCUACCUUUCCUCGUCAAAUGGAAGCAGUGGCGCGUAAGGUGUUGACAAAGCCUGUGGAAAUACAAGUCGGUGGUCGCAGUGUCGUGUGUUCGGACGUGGAGCAGCGUGCGUUAGUUCUUGAAGCUGACAACAAAUUUUUUAAACUACUCGAACUGUUGGGUGUUUAUCAGGAAAAGGGGAGUGUCCUCGCAUUCGUCGAAAAACAAGAUACUGCGGAUUCUUUAUUUAAAGACUUACUAAAAAACGGUUACCCGUGCUUGUCUUUACACGGGGGCAUGGACCAGUUUGACCGAGAUAGUACCAUAGCUGAUUUUAAAAACGGUGUGACAAGGCUUAUGGUUUCAACGUCCGUAGCCGCACGGGGUUUGGAUGUAAAGAAUCUUAUUUUAGUGGUUAAUUACGAUUGUCCAAAUCACUACGAGGAUUACGUACAUCGUGUCGGGCGGACUGGGCGGGCUGGCAAUAAAGGUACAGCUUUUACAUUCUUAACGCCUGAACAGGGGCGCAAUGCAGGCGAUGUCAUAAAAGCGUUCGAACUUUCAAAAUGUGAAACGCCCGUCGACGUGCAAGCUCUGUGGAACGAGUUCAAAGAAGAGAUGGCAAAGGAAGGAAAGUCUGUGAAAUUAAACAGCGGUUUCACUGGCAAGGGCUUUAAGUUUAACGACGAAGAAGCAGCCCGUGUCAACGAAUCGAAAAAAAUGCGAAAAUUCGCCUUGGGUUUGCAAGAUUCAGAUGAUGAAGCAGAAGCAGCUGAAAACGCGAUGGAGAAAAUCGAUGCGGACCUCGAGAAAGCGUUUUCUAACAAGCCGAAAGUGGCGAUUGCUCCUGAAGUUGUUGAAAUGCAGAAGGUGAGAGCGGCCGAACAGAACGUCGAUAAGGGAAAGCUCCAACAGGCUUCCAACAUCGCCGCCCUGAUAAACAAGAAAUUAACAUCUGGCCAAGUCAUCGACAGAAAUGCCGCAGCUACCGCUCAUAUUCUCUCCGGUGGAGCGUUGGAAUCAUUGAAGGGGGUCGGGUUGGCCAAGCAAUUGGCGGACAAAGUCAACGCGAAGUUGAAUUAUAAACCUAUUGAACAGGAGGUACAAGAAGUUGAAAAGCCUGCUGCCGUACGGUACGAAGACGAAAUCGAUAUUAACGAUUUUCCGCAACAAGCGCGAUGGAGGAUUACAUCGAAAGAAAUUAUUGAACAAGUGCGAGAACUAUCUGAAGCAGGCGUGACCGUUCGUGGUCUUUAUAUUCCACCCAACAAAAAACCUGAUGAAGCUGAAGGUGAAAAGAGGCUACACUUGUACAUCGAGUCGUUAUCCGAGAGAAGCAUUCAGAUCGCCAAGGCGGAAAUUAAACGGUUGUUGAAGGAAGAGUUGAUUAGAGCAGAAUCGCACACGUAUCGACCUGCACAGACAGGACGGUAUAAAGUGGUUUAACUUUUACUCUUUUAAUAUUUUCUUUUCAAUAAAUAAAACAAAGCAAUAAAAAAGCUUUUGCGAUGAUAUCAAA